GAAGAUUCUUUUAUUUUAAAAAUGUUUUAGCAGGUGAUCACAAUGAUUGGAUCGUUUCUGACAAGAGGACUUUUAAUGGUGUUUGGAUAUGCAUAUCCUGCUUAUGAGUGUUUCAAAACUGUCGAACUCAACAAGCCUGAGAUUCAACAGCUUCAGUUCUGGUGCCAGUAUUGGAUUAUUGUAGCUGCUUUGACGAUUUUUGAAAGAAUUGGUGAUGCUCUUGUUUCUUGGUUACCAAUGUAUAGCGAGGCGAAGUUGGCAUUCUUCAUUUAUCUCUGGUUUCCAAAGACUAAAGGAACUACAUACGUUUAUGAUUCUUUCUUCAGACCAUAUAUAGCAAAGCAUGAAAAUGAAAUUGACCGCAACUUGAUGAAGGCAAGGACCAGAGCUAGGGAUAUGGCAAUGAUAUAUCUUCAAAAAGCAAUCAACCAAGGACAGACCAAGUUCUUUGAGAUCUUGCAGUAUAUUACAGAAUACUCAACACCAAAAUCUAAGUCUGAGGAAAAGAAAGAGACAAGAACACCUAAACUCGAUGAUCCAAUUCUUAAGGUGAAAGAAAAUGAAGUCACUAAUUGAGGUCAGGUAGAGUCAUUCAAGAGGAAAACACUAAGACUGAGUCGUGGGAAACUAUUGGGGAAAACACACUGUACUAACUAAGUAACUAACUAUGCAUUAUCUUCUUUCUUUUAGUCGUUAAUAUGAAUAAAUCAUGUAUCUCCUCAAUGUAAAUUGCUUCGGAGAAAAAUAAAAAGGUACAUUUUAC